CCUUCGUGUAACAGUCCCUCCCCGUGAAAAAACUUAAGCAGGGAGGUGAUAAGUAAAAGAAACAGUCCUGAUAAGGUAUAUAUCCAGGGUGUGUGAUGCCACAUCUCUUGUGACGUUAAAACGCAAACAGAGCAUAACGUGCACAAUGACGUCAUCGGGAAAGGUAUGGAGCAAUUACGUCACAUUCGGAAGUGUUCUUAUAUUGUGCAUCGUUCUAACCUUUUCAUUCAUGUAUAUCAUGGGUUCACAACACACAGAAAAAGUCAGAGGGGCAGCAACAUCUUUGACGUAUCACCUCAAUAAAAAUCUGACCACUAUAAAUCGUCUGGAACAAAAUUUUACAACAAAAAGCCAAUUAAAACAAACUUUGACAAUUAGCAGAGAGCGGCCGUUCUACCGAAUAGAUACCACACCUGAAAAUACAAGUAAACUGCUGUUCCUUGAAAAUUUUAAGAAUCCUUGCUGGCACGAACAAGCGGCGAGUUUCCACCAAGGUGAAGGUCAACUGCGCUGUCUCCCUUAUUUCUACAUUGUUGGUGCUCCUAAAGCCGGGACCAGCGAUCUGCGUGGCCGUCUAAUACGACACCCCUCUAUAUCAGAUAAAGUUAUUAAAGAACCCCACUGGAUAGCAAGAACAAGGUUUAUGCAGAAAGGAAAGUAUGGCAAACUGUCAAAUUACCUACGUUAUUUUGAUUCUGCAGUACAGAAAGACAUAGUCACCUCAAAACAGAAGAACGGCCGUUAUAAUGCUAUAUUUGGAGACUGUAGUUGCUCGACUUUAUGGGACAACUGGAACCUAUUAAAUGCACGUAUGAAAAGGAACAUGACUUUACCUCCAUCUACCAAUGCCAAUGUUAUAUUUGAUCUGAACCCAAAUGCCAAAAUCAUCAUCAUGUUAAGAAACCCUACAUUAAGGGCAUUUUCUGAUUACUUGUACUUUAACAAGAAAGGGGGAAGUGCUCGUACAUUCCAUGCCAAAGUGGCUCGUUCAAUUAAGAAACAUAGGUACUGCUUAAGGAAGGGCAGUUUACAGUAUUGUGCAUAUUUAUGUCGAUUUAUGGAAAUACGUCUAUUCGUUGGUAUGUAUUAUAUUUAUGUCGAAGACUUUUUUCGAGUUUUUCCGAAGGAACAAAUUAAAGUAAUAAAAUCAGAGGACUUCGCAAUGAAUAUUUCUGAGACGAUGAAAGAGGUAUUCAAAUUUUUAGAAGUUGACCAUCCCAAACAAGAGUUAUGGAAGAAAAUAAUUGGACAAAAGAAAAUUAACGAGAGAAAAGAAAAGAAUAAACAUACAGAAAUGUUACCGGAAACCAAAGAAAUGUUGUCACGAUUUUAUAAGCCUUAUAAUACUGAACUAUCUCGUUUACUUGGAGAUAAUUUUAUGUAUGAAUAGUGAAUAUGUGAUCAAUGUCGUAAAAUGUGGCAUACAUAUAUUCAACGGACGGAUUGCCUGGUAGUUAAGGUUUCUGCCUUUAAAACCCAUGGACCGUGGGUUCGAGCCCAACUGAGGUCACGACAAUGUUCCCUCAUAUGGCACCAGUGCUGAUAAGUGCGGGGCAGCGGAGUUGAUAGAGAUAGAGUCGCUAAAAGC